AUGGCUCUCUCCUUUCCAUCCCGGCCGUCCCCUCCCCGGCCGAGGAAGCGUUGUCGAGCGGCCGCAGACGUGGACGGUGAACAUUCGUCUCUACACAAGAAGAAGCGGAGGCUGAGGCUGUUCCUCAUAACGUCUCGGCUGUCUCCUCAGUUCUCGCACCCGGCUACCAACAUCGUGGACCGAGGAAGCUCUAAGAUUGCAGUGUGGGCGAAGCAGAAAGCACUGGGUCGCAAUCUGCUACGCAAGGCUGCCAUCCUGAACCGCAUCAGGCGGCAGACUAUAUCAGCGCGGGAGACCGAGAUGUCACUUGGAAGAGUACUGGUGGAACAAGAAAGGGAGCAGGAGCAGCUCAAGCUGGCGAAACUGGCUUUCAUAUAUGGCAGCCACGACACGCACACCCGGCCUGUGUUGGCGAAAGGAGAUUCGUUCCCGCCGGCAUAUGCAGUCAGGAGCGGAGAUCACUUCGAGCUAUCAGGUCCUUCUCCCGACGGCUCUCCUACCGCUUCCCCUUCUCCUUCGCCACCCUUGCGCGGCCGCGACGCGGACGGUGUCGCAGAGUACCGUUCACCGAAUGACGCAUAUUCGUACUCGCCACCCCGCUCCACGUCACCGCGGAGAUCGUACCUUCCUUUGCCACCAUCACCCCUUGGUCUAUCUAAUUACGAUGCUUUCGACGUGGAAGACGACAUCCCAGAUCCGUAUGCUCAUCUCGACGACGAAUACGAGACAGGCGACUACGAUGCGGAGGUGCGCGAGGACGCUCACUCCUCCACAUCCUCGCGUCAGCCCUCCGCCCCUGCAGCAAGUCCGAGUAGGAGGGACACUGAAGCAGAGAAGACGCCGCCUCAGACCUUCUACUCUGACUUCAGCGUCUUGGACCCGGGCGAGCCUGUCGUAGGAGAUUACGACCAGGUUGACCACGGUGCGGACGCUGUCUGGCCAAGCGCUUUCGUUGUCGACCCACCGCAGGCUUCUGGAGGGACCCGACUAUCAUCAACGUCUCCUGACUUCCCGGCACUUUUUGCAACCGCCCAAGGCGUCCUGGCCCCCCUUUCGCCAAACUUUUCCUCAGUUCCCUUAGAACCGGUCGUGAGCCCUACCUCGUCGUCGCCGAACUUCGCACCCUUUUCCGUUACGGUGGACGAUAGGGGCACCGGAAGGGACCCGGUGUCUCCUCUCCUCGAUCCCCCCGAAGUGCUGCUGCGGCGGGAGGACGGGGACAGGGAGCAAGAGAAGGAACGGCAGCGGAACUUCAUGUUCAUGCAGUUCGGGUCAUGA